AUGAUAUUUGCAAUUGAAGAAAUAAACAACAGCACAGAAAUACUUCCUGGAGUCAAAUUAGGUUAUAAGAUCUAUGAUGCCUGCAGAGAUGUCCUUCUGGCACUGAAAUCAGCAAUGGCUUUAGUGAGUGGGCAAGAGGAAGAACAGCUGAAUGGAGAAUCCUGUUUGAGAUCAUCCAAUGUACUUGCCAUUAUAGGACAAUCAAGUUCAUCCCCAACUGUAGGAUUCGCAACAGCUUUGGGAUCUUUUCAUAUUCCAGUGGUAAGUCAUGGUGCAAGUUGUGCAUGUCUCAGCAAUAAAAAAAUAUUUCCUACAGUAUUAAGGACAAUACCAAGUGACUAUCAUCAGAGUAGAGCUUUGGUGCAGCUCGUCAAGCAUUUUGGAUGGACUUGGGUUGGAGCAAUAAGAAGUGAUAAUGAUUAUGGAAACUAUGGAAUGGCAGAAUUUAUUAAUAUUGCACAGCAAGAGGGGGUUUGCAUUGAAUACUCAGAGGCCAUUUUCAGAACUUACCCGAGGAAAAAAUUUCUCACUGUUGUAGAUAUUAUCAAAAGCUCCACAUCAAAGGUGAUCAUUGCCUUUGUAUCUUUUAAUGACUUAGAAAUUCUACUGAAGGAGUUAUUCCUGCAAAAUGUUACUGGUUUACAGUGGAUAGGCACAGAAUCCUGGAUUUCAGCCAAAAAUCCUUCAAUUGUGGAGUACUACAGAAUUAUGAGUGGAGCACUUGGAACAGCAGCAAGCAGCACAAUUAUACCAGGUCUUAAAGAAUUUUUAGUCAAUGUACGUCCUUCGUCAACCCCUGGCAAUACUGGUCUGAAUAAAUAUUGGGAGUUUCUCUUCAACUGUACUCCAUUAAGGAAUGACCAGACUGAAUCAUUACCUUUUUGUACAGGAUCUGAAGACCUCAAUGAAGUGAAUAACCAAUACACAGACUUAUCAAAUAAUGGAUAUUCAAGUAACGUGUAUAAAGCUACAUAUGCUGUAGCAUAUUCACUACAUAACCUGCUAGCAUGUCAAAACUAUAAGACAGCUGAUACUAACAGUACAUGUUCUAAACAAUUAAACAUUGAGCCACUCAAGAUGUUGCAGCAUUUAAAAACAGUAAAUUUUACAACUGGUAAUGGAGAAAACUUUUAUUUUGAUGAAAAUGGAGAUCCUGCGGCAAAAGUCAAAACGUACGACUUGGUCAACUGGCAACUCAAUAAAGAGGGUGUUGUUGAAUUUGUAACAGUUGGUGCAUAUUAUUCUUUUUUACCUGAGGGAAGUCAGUUUAUGAUUAAUAAUGACAGCAUUGUUUGGUCUGGCACAGGAAAAAAGGUCCCUGACUCGGUCUGCACUGACAGUUGCAAGCCUGGUACUCGUAAAGCUGUUCAAAAAGGCAGACCUGCAUGCUGCUAUGACUGUAUACCAUGUGCCGAGGGGGAAAUUACCAAUAUGACAGAUUCUACUGAUUGUUUGAAGUGCCUCUCGGACUACAAAUCAAAUAAACAAAAAGAUCAGUGUAUUUUAAAGGAAAUUGAAUAUUUAUCAUUUCAAGAAAUGAUGGGAAUGCUACUUGUCUUGUUAUCAUUGUUGGGAGCAUCUCUGACUAUAUUUGUCACUGUUGUGUUUUAUUUGAACAAAGAUACACCAAUUGUUAAAGCUAAUAAUUCAGAACUAAGUUUCCUUCUUCUCUUUUCCUUAAUUCUUUGCUUUCUUUGCUCUCUUACUUUUAUUGGACGACCAUCUGAAUGGUCUUGCAUGUUGCGCCACACAACAUUUGGCAUCACAUUUGUUUUGUGUAUUUCUUGUGUUCUAGCAAAAACAGUAGUGGUGUUGAUGGCGUUUAGAGCCACACUCCCUGGUAGAAAUGUGAUGAGGUGGUUUGGACCUUUUCAACAGAGGUUAAGUGUUUGUGCUUUUGCCCUGGUACAAGUCAUUAUAUGCACAAUAUGGUUAUCUAAAUCUCCUCCUUUUCCCAACAAAAAUAUGCAACACUCUCCUGAAAUUAUCAUUUUAGAAUGUCAUUUAGGAUCUGUAGUUGCUUUUUAUGCGGUUUUAGGGUAUGUUGGUAUUCUGGCAUUAUUUUGUUUUGUUUUGGCAUUUCUGGCUCGCAAACUUCCAGACAAUUUCAAUGAAGCCAGGUUCAUCACAUUCAGUAUGUUGAUAUUCUGUGCUGUUUGGCUCACUUUUAUCCCAGCCUACAUUAGCUCUCCUGGGAAGUACACAGUGGCAGUGGAAAUCUUUGCUAUUUUGGCUUCAAGUUUUGGUUUGCUUUUUUGUAUAUUUAUUCCAAAAUGCUACAUUAUACUGCUGAAACCACAGAAAAACACAAAGAAAAACAUGAUGGGUAAAAUGCCAUUAAAAUCAGUUUAA